AUGGGAAAACUAGGUAUGCAAUGCUGCAGUUUCGGUUGCAGCAAACAGAAAAAGAAUGUUAAGGGAGAUCUGUUACGAGGUGAUAGUGAGGGAAGUGCAGAUGAUGAAUCAAGAUUAAAACGAAAGCUACCUCGGUCCUUUCAUGGUAAGUGUCCUGUUCAUUAUGGAGCAAAACUUUUUAAUAUUUUCAUCGAUAAGUUACAGUCAAGUGUUUUUUUUUUUUAAGUGGCACAGUGUUGUACAUCUUGUAAAUAAUAAAGAUUAGGGUCAUUGACAUUGUUAUAUUUUGCUGGAAUACUAACUAGACAAUACAAGAAUCUAUAAUUAUAAUGGCUUAAGGAUAUAUUUGAUGUUUCAUUUACAAAGAUUUCCACAACCAACCCAGAAAAAAAGCGAAAUGGUUGAAAAAUAUAUGUCGCGAGGAUUGGAUGCCUAGCAGUCAUUCCAGAAUCUGCUCAGAUCAUUUCCAAGAGAAAUACAUAAACAGGACUGGGUUGGUUGCUAAGUUAAGAGAAGAUGCAGUGCCAACAAGCUUCAAAAACUUUCCAAAGCAUUUAAAGAAGGUAACAGGUUUAAAAAAAAAUAAACUUUUAUAGUCUUUCUUUAGAUUUUUUGUUUAAUUUAAUGGGAAAAAUAUAUGGUCCAAGUUUUUAAAGUAAAUAAUACAAAAAUAGUAGGAUAUUACAUAUAUUCUUAUUAAAAUGGCUAGUUUUUAUGAUAAAUUCAUGAUUUAUAUAAAGCAUCAAUAGUCAAUACCACUCUAUCUUAAAAUCAACUAAACCCUUUCCAAAAUACAUGGAUAUUUUAAAACAUGACAUAGAAAGCUGGAUUUUAUAGGAAAUCAAAAAUCGAAAACCACCAGCUAAACGAACGACCAUGUCCAGUUGAUGAUGAGGACAGCAGCAAUGAUGUACCACAAAAACCACCAGCUAAACGACCACAUACAGUUGAUUGUGGGGAAAACAGCAAUUAUGUACAUCAAAUGCAAUCAUGUCCGGAUGUACAGAGCACCUCAUCACCAAAUAACAACCAUGAUGUUUCACCUAGAAAAUUGAAAAAAAAAAAGCUUAAAAAUGCAAAUCAAAAGGUCACUAAGUUGCAGAAAAAAUUGAAAGUGUCACAGCAGAAGUCCCGUCGACUGAAGACCAAAGUAAUAAAUUCCUUGAAGGCUAUCACUAAACAACUGCAAGAAAAAAAUUUGAUAACCUUGACUUGUGAAGAAAUGCUGGAGCACAACUUUUCUGGUGUUCCAGUUGCACUGCUAAAAAGAAUGAAUUUAAGGUCAGGAAAGGGGAGCAAGUAUUCACCAGAACUAAAGUCUUUUGCAUUAACCUUACAGUUCUAUUCUUCAAAAGCAUAUGAAUUUGUCAGGGAAACUUUCAACUUAGCACUUCCUCAUCAAGUUCAAGUGAGAAAAUGGGUAUGCUAAAAUUCCUGCCGAGCCUCGGUUCACAGAGCCUACAUACCAAGCACCCAAGUUUAAGGUUGAAGAAGCACAGAAGAAAGGCCAAGAGGUGAUCUGCUCUCUUAUGCUCGAUGAAAUGGCUAUGUCUCAUGGGAUGGUAAAAAGUUCAGAGGAUAUGUUGAUGUUGGUAAUGGAGUUGAUGAGAUUGAUUCAUCUCCAGUUGCAAAAGAUGCUCUUGUGUUAAUGGCAGUUGCUAUCAAUGGUUCCUGGAAAGUUCCUUGCGGCUAUUUUUUUGUCGAUGGUCUAAGUGGGAAAGAGCGAGCAAAUCUUGUGAAAGUCUGUAUCAAGAAGCUUUCAGAUGUUGGGGUCAAUGUAGUGUCUCUAAUUUGUGAUGGUCCAUCAUGUCACUUUACUAUGUUACAACAGCUUGGUGCAUGUCUCAAGAUUGAAAAUCUUCAAUGCUAUUUUGUUCAUCCUCUAGACAAGACUAAGAAGUUAUAUGUUCUGUUAGAUGUAUGCAAUAUGUUGAAGCUGGUCAGAAACACUCUUGGCUUGUAUGGUACUUUGGUUGACAAAGAUGGUGGCAAAAUUUGCUGA